AUGACAGAAGAACCACAAGUAUCAGUAGGAGUAGUAGAAACACAACAACCAACAUCGCAACAAAGAAAUAGUUCCAAUAGUAGUAGUGACAACCAUAACAGUAGUAGUUUUAGAGGUGGAAGAAUGGAAGAGAAAUCUCACACUGAUAUGAUUAAUGAAUUUAGAGCAAAGUUAGCAACUUAAAGACCAACGAUGCAAUUAUCAUAAAGGAUUUAACUCAAUUAUCAGCAAUCUAUAAAGUUAUAGCUAAUGAAAUUGCCACAAUGGUAGAGGAAAAAAUAAAAGAGAGUGCAUUACCAAAAACAAAAUUAUGUUCAAUUUACCUUUUAGACUCGUUGAAUAAAAAUGUUAGCAAAGUUUACAAUUCCAUAUUUUCAAAGAAUAUUGUCGAUAUCUAUGUAAGCUCAUUCCAAGGCUUUGACGAUCAAACCAAGUCAUCAAUGUUAAACCUUUAUAAUAUUUGGAAAGAAAGAUCCUUGGUCAAUUCUGCUCUUUUAACUCAAAUUCAACAACAACUUUCAAGUGAAUUUGAAAGAAUUGCUAUUAUGUUCCCAAAAAAGCAAAGUGGUAGCAACAACACUAGCACCAGUAGCAGCACUAGUAGCAGACCACUCCCUACUUCAAAUAAACCAACCUACCAACAGCCAACACAACAACAGCCAAUUCAACAACAACAACAACAACAACCAAUGCAACAACAACAACAACUUCAAAAUAGAGUUAGUCCAACCCCUCAACACCAAGUUAAUUUCCAAGGUAAUCCAAAUCAACAACAAAGACCAUCCAUUAAUCAACAACAACAACAACCACCAUUCCAAAACCAAGGUAAUAAUAACCCAAACCAACAACAAAGACCAUUCAACACUCAAAAUCAAAUGCAAGGUAAUCCAAACUUUCAUCAACAACCACAACCAAUCGAUCCAAGAUUUAAAGGAAGCGCUCCUCAAAAUUUUGGAUUUAAUAAUAAUAACAAUAUGAAUAAUAACAAUAACAAUAAUAAUAAUAAUAUGAUGAAUAAUAUGAACGGUAUGAACGGUAUGAAUAAUAAUAACAAUAAUAUGAAUAUGAUGAAUGGAAUGAAUAAUAUGGGUAAUAUGAACAAUAUGAAUAUGAUGAACAAUAAUCAAAACAUGAUGAACAAUAUGAACAACAAUAGAAUGAUGAACAAUAAUCAAAAUAUCAUGAACAAUAUGAAUAAUAAUCAAAAUAUCAUGAAUAGAAACCAAGGAAUGAAUUCAAUGAACCUCAACAACAACAAUAACAAUAAUAUGCCAAAUAACUUUUAUAAUCAAAAUAUGCCCAAUAAUAUGAAUAAUCAUAAUCAUAAUCAUCAUAAUCAUAAUAAUAUGAAUAAUAAUAUUAAUAAUAUGAAUAAUAAUAAUAAUAAUAUGAAUAAUAAUAAUAAUAUGAAUAAUAAUAAUAAUAAUAUGUUUAAUAUGAAUAACCCAAACAAUAAUAAUUCACCAAAUAUGGAUAAUAAUUUUAAUAAAGGUAACAAUAGCCCAAUUCCAUCAUAUUUUGCAAGUAUUGCAAAUAUUAAUUUCCCAAUGAUACCAAAGGCAACACAAUCUCCACCAUUGUCACAAAUAACACCACCUCAACAACAACCUCAACAAAUCAUCAAUACACAACAAAUUACUUUGGAUCAAAAUUAUUUCUUUUCAUUGAUUGAGUUUUUUGAAGGACUACCAUCUGAGAAGAGUGGAAUUGACGAAUUAAAAAAUUACCUUCAACAACUUAAAAACACUUUGUUUAAAGGUCCACAUACCCCACAACAAUAUAAUAAACUUAAAAUUGAUUUUAAAGUACUUCAAGAUAAAUAUCAAUUAGGCGAGCCAAAACUAUCAACAAAUUUACCAAUGAUGAAUAAUAUCAAUUAUAAUAAUAAUAAUAAUAAUAAUAAUAAUAAUAAUAAUAAUAAUAAUAAUAAUAAUAAUAAUAAUAAUAAUAAUAAUAAUAAUAAUAACAAUAACAACAAUAAUAAUAAUAAUAACCUUAGAUCAUCAAUGUCUCCUUCUCAAUCCCCUUUGUCAAUUGAAUCAAAUUUCAACAAAUCUGGAUCAAUUGAUAAUAAAAAGAGUGAAUAUAGUUUAUAUGAAGAUCUUUAUAAAGGUUAUCCAUUGCAAUGUAAAACAUGUUCAGCUAGAUUUAAAACUCAAGACAAAAUGGAUCAACACAUGGACCAUCAUUAUAAAGUCAAUCAAAGAAUAAAGAAACGUGCUAAACAUCCAAUGUCAAGAGCUUGGUAUUUACCAGAAGAAUCUUGGAUAGGUUUUAAAUUUGAUCCAUCCAUCGAUAUCUCUGAGCAACCUUCAAUUCCAUUUUUUAAUGAUACCAAAAAAGAAGUUGAAGUAAAGAUCGAGCCAACAUUGGUUGCUGAUGAUGAUCAAACAAGUUGUCCAGUAUGUAGAGAAAAGUUUGAAAAGUUUUGGGAUGGAGAGUCGGAGGAUUGGAUGUAUAGAGGAGUUCAAAUUGAUAAUAAAACUAAAAAAAUUAUUCAUGUUAAAUGUGUUAUUGAUGAGAAACAGGUUUCACCUACUUCUUCCCCAACUUCUUCUUCUUCCUCUUCUUCCUCACUAUUAUCACCAACAUCCUCUCUCAAAAGAGAUAGUAGUCAAUUAAAUUCCAAUCCUCAACCUAUUAUUAGUAUCCUAAGCGAUAAUAACAACGAAGCCGAAAAUCAAAAUAAAAAAUUAAAAGUUGAUGGUUAA